UCCUCAGUUCCAGUCGCUCUCUCUCCAUAUUCUCUCUCUCCUUCAGUGAGCUAACUCCAGCUGUCUGCAACCCCCAUCUACCAAAAUCUCUACUUUCCAUUCAUCGCACCACCAUCAUCGGUGGACUGACCACUGAUAAAACGACCUCUAACAACCAAAGCAAUAGCUAUGAUGGGCGCAAGUUAACGAGGUUGCUAACAAGCGCUGAUCAGAAUCACCAUGGGGAGGCAUCGCAAAGCUGAUCGAGGAUUGGAUUCGAAAGGGAAAUUGUCACGCCGGUGAUAGAUAGAAAUCAGUACUCGGCAGUCACGUUUGGAAGUUACAUCCCAGCUUAGAUUCAGUCCAUAGAGGAGGAGGAUGAAUUCUCAGACCCAGAUUCACCUAUGACUAUUCAAUUGGAGCCUUACGGAGUCGGCACUACGAAAUCACAGCCAGCUAUGCGUAAAUUGCAAUUCUCAGAAGUAGAAUCUAGUGGUCCGGCAAAGGUUACAAAGAUAGAACAAACCCAAAAGGAGUAUGACGCAAAUAGGGACGUGAAACGAGGUAAAUAUCUAAACUAUAUCCCUCCCACUACGUGUGAAGGGAAACAAUGUGUUACAAUUGUAAAGAGGACCUCAUAAAAUCAGAGAAGUAUCGGAGCUUUGCACUAAUUGGGUUUGUGGUGGGAGAUACCCCAUAUAUGAAAAUUAUGGAGAAUUAUGUUCAAAAUUUCUGGAAAACGGAGAAAAUUUCCCAAAUUAUGUAUCAUGAUGAAGGUUACUUUGUAUUUCGAUUUGAAUCUGUGAAGGACAGUGAGGAAAUACUAUUUGGUGGACCUUACACUUUUCAGAACAAACCUUUUAUACUACAAAGAUGGGAGCUGAACUUUGAAUUCAAUCCAGAUUGUAUCACUAAUAUUCCACUAUGGAUUACAAUGCCAGGCCUACCGGUGGGAUAUUGGUCGACGGAAUCACUAAGCAAACUAGCGAGUGCAGUAGGAAGAUCACUGCACACUGAUAGCUUCACAACAUCAAUGGAAAGAAUAUCCUAUGCUCGAAUAUUGAUAGAAAUGGAUGUUUCUCAGCCCCUUAUAGAGGAAAUUGAUCUAGCCACCCCCUAUGGGGAGUUCCAGCAAAUAGUAGAGUAUGACUGGAUACCCAAAUUCUGCAAACAUUGUAUGAAAUUUGGUCAUAACUCAAAGGACUGCUGGAAUGGUUCAGAGGAAGGUGACGAAGAACUAGAAUUCAAGGAGAUGCGAAGAAAGAAGCAAUGGAACAGGGGUCGAAUUAAACUACCACUCUAGCAAUCCUUCUACAGGUCUGUCCUCUUCCUCAUUUAAAUCCCAGGCCUUUCAAGUUAUUCAAGACUGUGUUGAACCACCCAGAGUUUGAAAAUAUGUUAAAUACGGUAUGGCAAAGGCGAUACAUAGGUACUCAUAUGUACAGAGUAUGGAAAAAAUUAAAAGCUAUGAAAGAUGGGCUCAAAAACCUGAAUGCAUACAUGGCUGCUUAUAACCAAAAAUUGAUUCAGGCUCGGCAAGAAAUGGAAGUUACAUAGGACAAGUUGAAUACUGAUCCAUACAACCCUGACUUAAUAGACCAGGAGAAAAAAAAUAGUUGUUAAGAUCAGGAAAUGGAGUGAAGUAGAGGAACUGGUGCUGAGGCAAAAAUCAAGAGUUAACUGGAUAGAGAGUGGUGAUACAAAUACUCAAUUCGUUCAUGCCCAAGCAAAAAUAAGCGCUAGCAGGAAUUCAAUAAAUUUCAUCCAUAAUUCAUAGGGGAUGAAAGUGCAGGAGCCAAAGCAGGUUGAGGCAGAAUUUAUAAGAUUUUUCACUAAGCUAAUGGGAACUAAAGCAGGGAGCUUGCCGUGCCCAAAUGCUGAAUUUAUCAAAGAAGGACCAUGCUUGUCUUACUCUCAGAAGUGUAGAUUGAUAAAUGACAUCACAGUGGAGGAAAUUGUUCAGGCUGUUGAAGGACUACCAGCAAAUAAGUCACCUAGAGUAGAUGGCUUCCCUGCAGAGUUUUUCUAGAAAUAAUGGGCCACGAUUAGAGAAGACACAAUCAAUGUUGUCAAAGAAUUCUUCCAAACAGGUGUCAUGCUCAAAGCUUUUAGUGUUACUACAGUAACACCGGUCCCCAAGACUCCAAACCCCACUCAAGUAAAGGACUACAGACCUAUUGCAUGUUGUACAACUGUUUACAAAAUUAUUACCAAGAUUUUGACAAACAGGAUUAAACAAGUGAUUGGAGAUAUUGUCAGCGUAGCCCAAUCUGCAUUUGUAGAAGGAAGAAGCAUUAUUGAUAACAUACUAUUUAGUCAUGAAGUUUUAAAAUGGUACACAAGGAAAGGAUUAUCCCCUAGAUAGGUGAUGAAGGUUGACUUGAGGAAGACUUGUGAUUCAAUUGAGUGGAGUUUCUUAGAAAGUAUGCUGGCUAAUUUGAGUUCCCCAGAAAAUUCAUUCAAUGGGUAAUGGCAUGUAUUUCAUCAGUCUCAUACUCACUUGUUCUGUUUGGAGGAUUGACAAAACCAUUAGAGGGUUAAAGAGACAUAAGGCAAGAAGACCCCAUGUCUCCUUACCUUUUUGUCUUGGAAAUGGAGUACCUGUAAAUAUAAUUACAGCAAAUUGACCAAAGCACAGAGUUUAAAUAUCA